UUCAUUCAUUUAGCUACGAGAAUUUCUAGUUUUCUCAUUCAAUUUUAGGCUCUCAACCGUGCGCGACAUAAUAAUAGAAAAAAAAUUUCAGUUAAUUUUUUUUUACUUUGAUGAUAUAGAAAACGAGCGAGCUAAUUAAGUGCUAAAAGUUUGGUCAACCAAAAACUAAGCAGCUUGUCACGAAAUUCAAAGUGUUGGACGACAAUUUGAAGCUCACAAACCGAUCCUCGUCAUCCUCGUCAUCAUCAUGCAGCGUCAUUGGGAGUUGCAAAAGAAUAUUUUGCAUCUUACACAGCAAAUGCAGAAAAAGCACAUUUGUGGCUAUUUAAAACCAUCAAGAGCAUUAGCAAUAUCAUUUACAUCAGACAACAGGGCAAAGAAACAGCAGCAACAGUUGCAGCAGCAGUCACGGAAGGAUCAUGUGGCAAAUGGCAUGAACAACGGCAACAAUGGCAACAUGCCCAUGAAACUAAAGAAUGGGGCACGUAUACCAACCGCUGUUAGCUAUUUGAUCGGCUUGAAUCAGAGCUCCCAGAUGCCACGCAACGAGUGGCAAAUGGCUAACAUCAAGUAUGGCAAAUCAAUGAGUACUUUGGAGCAGUCGGCACGUCAAUUGUAUAAGAAUGCCAAACUAAAGUCAACGGUUUGCAAGAUGCCGGCCAGAAAAGCUCUGCAACCAUCUGCAACGGCAACUGCCACAAAUUUGUUUGGAGGCAAAAUUAAAUGCUUUGCCUCAUCCACAUCUUUGGCCCAGUUGGAUGAUAAUAAGGUCCAAGCCUCUGCUCUUUCCAAGCGUCUCUCUAAACUAUUCUUGGUCGAACCAGAUGAUGAAGAGGCUUCACCUAAUCCAGACCGCGAACCCUAAAUGGAUACAUAUACAUAUAUACUAUAUAACAUGUUUUUCUUCACCUUUCUCACCUCAGAAAACACCCCUCACCACCCCUCCACCACCCUUUAAUUUCUUUUAACAAACUUACUUUUUCUUUUGUACAUCUCAAUCAUUGGUGGAUGACUUUUGUUUUUUUUUAAGCAAAAAAAAACUACAAAAAAUUUUCUGUAACGAACUAAUGGGUUAAUAUAUUUUCAUGCCACAAAA